AUGACUUCAGGUAAUGAGCAAACCUCUCCUAAUAGAGAUAGGGAUCUAAAUCAGACAAUAGGUGAAAUGAUGAGAUCUAGAAUUUCUCGUGCAUCCACUUCCGGGAACCCAAUAGAUAACAACGCGUUGAUAGAUCUGCUGCAAGCGGUGACAACUAUAGUCACCAGACAACAAGAUCAAAUUGAUCGUAAUCGGACGAAUGGUCAAAAUGAGGAGCAUCCCAAAUUAAGAAGUGGUAUGGGAGAAUUCAAGAAACUAUCUCCACCCAGUUUUGAGGGAAGAACUGAUCACAUGGUUGCUGAGCAUUGGAUCAUAGAAAUGGAGAAGGUCUUCACAUACAUGAAAUGCCCUGAAGAGGAGAAGGUUGAUUAUGAGUUUCGAAAAUUGGAGCAAGGUGAUAAGACAGUAGCUGAAUAUGAAGAAGAGUUCACCUAUCUAUCAAAAUUUGCCAUUCACUUGUUGGGUAAUGAGGAAGAUAGAGCUCGUCGCUUCGAGGAAGGGCUUCGACUAAACGUUUGGAAGACAGUCAGUGCAUUUGAACUCCCUACAUAUGGAGAAGUGUUAAAGAAAGCCUUGUUAAUUAAGAAAAAUGAAAUUGAUACAAAGCCAAAGAAUAAGACGAGCGGCUCCUACCCAAAGAAGUGGUUCUGGCAGGAUAAUCACGGUGGAAGGAAUAAGAAUUGGAGAAAUAAAAAGCAAAAUUUUGGACGCAGAGAGGAGCAAUUUCCAAACCAGAAAACUUUGAGAUGUGAUGUUUGUCAUAAACUUGGGCAUGAAGUGAAAAAUUGUUGGAGAAAUACUGGAGCUUGUUUGAGAUGUGGUCAGAAGGAUCACAAAAUAGCAAAUUGUCCCCUACAGCAAUCAUCUCGGAAUACCUUCCAGCCUGGCCAGUCCAGUGGUGGGAACAAGCAUCCUCAAGCCAAGGCCCGAGUUUAUUCUCUAACUGAGAAGGAAGCAGAAGCAAACAAAGAUGUGGUAACAGGUACGCUAACUUUUGUGUCGGUUCAUGCUCGAGUACUAUUUGAUUCUAGUGCAUCGCAUUCCUUUAUUGCUGCACAGUUUGUUAAGAGAAACAAAUUACCAUGUGAUACCCUACAACAAGAAUUGCUUGUUAGUACACCUGGAGGUAGCAUAUUAGUAUCAACUCAGGGUUGUAGGGGUAAAAUUUAUAUUCUCGACAAGGAACUCCCCAUAGAAUUAAUGAUGCUAGAAAUGCAUGAUUUCGAUAUCAUAUUGGGGAUGGAUUGGUUAUCCUUAAAUCAUGCUUCUAUUUUAUGUCGAGAAAAGAAAGUAGUAUUCAAAUUUCCUGGCCAACCCGAAUUUUGUUUUGAGGGCGAAAAGUCUUAA